UUAUUCCUCUAUUUUCUUAUAAUCAACACGAGCAGCGGUCUGCGUUUUGCCAGCCCAACUCUGUCCCUCAUUAACAAACCCCUCACACUACAUAUCAUCAGCUGUUCUUCCGUAAGAUGUUUGUCGUCAAGCGUAACGGAGAGUCGGAGAAGGUCCAGUUCGACAAGAUCACGCGGCGCAUCAACAAGCUGUGCGACGGGCUCAACACGAGCUACGUUGACUCGGCGGCGGUCGCGCAGAAGGUCAUCCAGGGCGUGUACCAGGGCGUGACCACGGUCGAGCUCGACAACCUGGCAGCCGAGACCGCAGCGUACAUGACGGUGCAGCACCCCGACUACGCGGACCUGCACGCGUUCAUCAACCCAAAGACCAAAAAGCACUCGCCGAUGGUGUCUGACCAGCUUCUGGAGCUGGUGCAGCAGAACAAGGACAAGAUCAACGCGGCGGUUGACUACUCGCGCGACUUCAACUACAACUUCUUUGGGUUCAAGACGCUCGAGCGCUCGUAUCUGCUGCGCAUCAAUGGGCGUGUUGGUCGAGCGCCCGCAGCACCUGGUGAUGCGCGUCUCUCGUCGUGCUUCCUUGUGGCCAUGUCGGAUGACAGCAUCGAGGGCAUCUACGACACGCUGAAGGUGUGCGCGCAGAUUUCCAAGAACGCUGGCGGCAUUGGGCUGCACGGCACCAACGGCACGUCGAACGGGCUUGUGCCGAUGCUGCGUGUGUUCAACAACACGGCGCGGUACGUCGACCAGGGCGGCAACAAGCGGCCAGGUGCGUUUGCGAUCUAUCUGGAGCCGUGGCAUGCCGAUGUGUUUGCGUUCCUGGAUCUGCGCAAGAACCACGGCAAGGAGGAGGUGCGGGCCCGCGACCUGUUCUAUGCGCUGUGGAUCCCGGAUCUGUUCAUGAAGCGCGUCAUUGCCGGCGGCAAGUGGUCGCUGUUCUGCCCGCACGAGGCACCCGGCAUGCAGGAGGUGUGGGGCGAUGAGUUUGAGGCCCUGUAUACCAAGUACGAGAACACGCCUGGCCUGGCGCGCUCGACCAUCGACGCACAGAAGCUGUGGUAUGCGAUCCUGGACGCGCAGAUCGAGACGGGGAACCCGUUCAUGCUGUACAAGGAUGCAUGCAACCGCAAGUCGAACCAGCAGAACCUCGGCACGAUCAAGUGCUCGAACCUGUGCACAGAGAUCGUCGAGUGGCCUGUGUGCAACCUGGCGUCGAUUGCGCUGCCGUCGUUUUACGACUUCCAGCAGCUGCACGACGUCACCAAGGUGGUCACCAAGAACCUGAACAAGAUCAUCGACAUCAACUUCUACCCGGCACGCGAGCUGAACCGCGCCAUCUUCGAGACCAUCUACCAUGCGGCGCUCGAGGCGUCGUGUGAGCUGGCGGCCGUCCACGGCGCCUACGAGACGUACCAGGGCAGCCCGAUGUCGAAGGGCAAGCUGCAGCCGGAUCUGUGGGGCGUGGCGCCGUCGGACCGCUGGGACUGGGACGCGCUCCGGGCCAAGGUGCGGGAGCACGGCGUGCGCAACUCGCUGCUUGUGGCCCCCAUGCCCACAGCGUCGACAUCGCAGAUCCUCGGCUUCAACGAGUGCUUUGAGCCGUACACGUCCAACAUCUACACGCGCCGCGUCCUGGCCGGCGAGUUCCAGGUGGUCAACCAGUGGCUGCUGCGGGACCUCGUGGACCGCGGGCUGUGGAACGACACGAUGCGCCAGCGGCUUAUUGCGGCCAACGGUUCGGUGCAGCAGCUGGACGAGGUUCCCGAGGACCUGAAGCGCCUGCACAAGACCGUGUAUGAGAUCAAGCAGAAGGUCAUCAUUGACAUGGCGGCGGAUCGUGGCGCCUACAUUGACCAGAGCCAGUCGCUGAACAUCCACAUGGACGGGCCCAACUACCAGAAGCUGACGUCGAUGCAUUUCUACGGCUGGAAGAAGGGGCUGAAGACCGGCAUGUACUACCUGCGCACCAAGCCGGCGGCCGACGCGAUCAAGUUCACCAUCGAUGCCGAGAAGUCCCGGGCUGCCAACGGCGCGGCGGCGCCCGGCGAGCCGACGGAGGAGGAGAUGGCGCGCAUGCAGUGCUCCAUCGACAACGCCGACGCGUGCCUGAUGUGCAGCGGCUAAGCACAGCUUUUCUUGUUCCGCAUCUACGUCAUGGUGUUUUUCUCUUUUUUCAAACCAAAUCACACAUUUUUCAACUCUCAGCACUAUAUCGCAGAGUGAGCCAAUCGAGGAGGGAUGUUAUCAGGGAGGGCAGCGUGUGUUGAAGGGCGUUUUCCUUCCUCGUCGGAAACCGCACUUCUUUUUUCCCCUCCUAAUUUCACCAUCUAUUACAUUAGCCUUUUUCUUUUCUUUUCUUUUAGAACCAAUGUCUGCCUCUGAGCUUUUCGAAGUCAACGCUGCGGCGGCUAUCAACGCAUCGUCCAUCGUGCAGGACUACCGGGUGAAGCC